GUGUGCAUGGAUUUCAAGACAUUUGUUUGUAUGACUUGCAGCGGCAUUCAUCGAGAGUUUCAGCACAAGUGCAAGGGGAUUUCUCUCAGCAACUGGACCAAGGAAGAAGUUGCAGCGAUCGAGCAAGGCGGGAACACCAAGGCGCAAGAGGAGUGGAUGGCGUGCUGGAGUGAGAAGGACUUCCCAAUACCCGAAUCUGGAGACAAGGAGAGGAUCCGGACCUUCAUACAGAAGAAGUACGUCGAUAGAAAGUGGCACAUCUCGCGCAAGCGUGGUUCGCCCAAUCCAGAGCCCAUCUCCAACAUUCUGCCCGAAGAGCCCAAGGUCAGUCCUUGUCCUUGCCCCAAGAAGCUGAUCUCCCGUGUAGCUGAUUGUCAACAAGGCUGCGGCACCCACUAA